ACCUGGACUUUGCUAGCUUCCCUGUAGAAGGGCUAGCUGUCAGACCUGUGCUUGCAGCCCUUUCUAGCUUUGCUCCACACAAGGCAUCUGGGUCCAAAUGAACAGAUACUUCUUGCUGCUCUUCUCUCUCUUCUGUCUCAUAGUGGAAGCCGCAUCACUGAAAUGUGUAACAUGCCACCUCCGCACACAGUCAGACCACUGCAGAAGAGGCUUUGGUGUUUGCCUUGCUCAGAAGCAUGAAGUGUGCAUGAGCUUAAGGAUCUACUCAAAUGGCACUCUCCAGAUAUCAUACAUGGUGUGUCAGAGAUUCUGCAAGAAUUUGACAUACAAUCUCAACAAUCGGACUUAUGUUCAUAAAUGUUGCAACUAUGACUUUUGUAACUUCAGACCCUAAGAUACUCCCCCAACCUCAUUCUAGAAGGUCCCAGAUGUUUUUCUUCUUUCACACUCUGCUUAGCCUGCCUUUCCACUCCAUAUGCAUCAAGGACGCCCCUGCUCCAUCUCCAUCAUUCUUCCUGCUUCCUUCACCUUGGACCUUAAGCUGAGCAGGCGAUGAUGGUUUUAAACAAUAGAUUUCUCCUAGUACUACAAUUGGCAUCUUUAUCCACUAAAGGACCUGUCUAAAGAGACUCUGAACAGUAAGUAAGAUGUGAAAAGGAAUGAUCCUCACACUCUUCAUUAACUUAGAUAGUUGAGGUAGACCAGAAAGACUUCAGUGGAAAAUUCACAAAUAUUUUUAACUGAACCAUGAAGCACCACAUGGAUAAGCAAAAAUAGGAUAAAAUGGAGGUAAACACUGAAGGUUUUGCUCUGUGAAUGCAAAGUUGUUUCCUUUGCUUUCCAUUUCAGACUCAGUCAUUCUGAUUUUCUUGGCAACUAAAGUACAUGCUCACACUUGUUCACAGGGCAUAGUAAACACAAGACUCCACACCUCUGUGGCAGUCCCGGAUUAAAUAAGGCCAUGAAUAUUCUUCUACAGAUAUAUGUCAAUAGCAUAUUUUAUCACACUUAGUCUCUUUCUUUUCCUAAGCUUUCUCCAUCCCUUUCAUCCUUUGCCAACCAUCUCUUCACCUUCCAUUGCUACAUGCACUCUCCCAUUAAAUUUGGGCUGUCCUUCAAAUCUUUUCCCAAUAUGUCCCAUGGCCCAUGAGCUGUAUAACCCAGAGCAGACAGUCUUUAAGAGUUCCUCUUUUGUGGUAUAAAUCGGUCAUACUCGGAGACAGCUUUUUCCUUCCCAGGGUAUCUCCCAUGAGCCUUAGGUCAACAUGUAGAACACAUAAUUGACCUAGUACUGCUAUUAAUAAAAAA